AUGGCGGCAGCCAUCGCCAGCUCCCUGAUCCGCCAGAAGAGACAAGCGAGGGAGCGCGAGAAGUCCAACGCCUGCAAAUGUGUCAGCAGCCCCAGCAAGACCAAGACCAGCUGCGCCGACAAGAAGAAGCUCAGCGUCUUCUCCCGGGUCAAGCUUUUUGGCUCCAAGAAGAGGCGGAGAAGGAAACCAGAGCCACAGCUGAAAGGCAUCAUCACAAAACUUUACAGCCGGCAAGGAUAUCAUUUGCAGAUGCAAGCAGAUGGAACCAUUGAUGGAACGAAAGAGGAAGAAAGCACAUACACUAUUUUCAACCUCAUCCCGGUGGGCUUACGCGUUGUGGCUAUCCAAGGUGUUCAGACGAAGCUGUAUUUGGCGAUGAACAGUGAAGGCUACUUAUACACAUCC